GCUUUGUGGUGGUGGUGAGUGGAGUGGGCUGACAUGUGCACCAUGUGUUUGUUAUUUGGACAGCCUGUUCACUCACAUUCAGCAGAGAACUUUGGCUUCUCUUGCCUUCUCUGAAGCCCUGGUUCUCCAUGCCUUCUUGGGAUGUGAGACAGGGGAAACAGGCAUAGGGGUAGUGAGGCCUGGGGAACUCUAUUACUAGAUAUAGAUCUGUCUCCAGUGGCUGAGUCCUGAGGUAUCCAGGAGGAAGGGUGUGCUGCAGCCUGCUUCCCCCCCCCCCCCAUCAUUCAACAGUGGGUUGUGCUCAAUAGAAGUGGCACUGAGGAGCAUGGCCUGCACGUCUGACAUACCUGGCUUUUUUUUUUUUUUUUUUUCUCAACAUGGCUUUGUUGCCUUUUGCCUCUGUAACUUUGGACAGCUUGCAAGCUAACCUUGGGGAACUUCAUUUUUCUGGAGCGAGAUUAUGGAUCCCAUUUAAGGCCCUGCUAUGGGGGUCAUUCCCAGGUUUCCCUGCUCCCAUCCUCCAGGGGGCUAAGAGGAAUUUUCCUAUGAGUCUGGCCUUAUUAUCUGGUCAUUGAGUGAGAUCCAGGACGUUUUGUACUGCUGAGGCAACACGGAGGAUCUGCCAUAGGUCCCUGAGCCUGAAGGAGAGGGUGCCUGGAGAAAGAUCCUGGCUCCCUGCCCCCAUGCUGGUUAGUAUGGAUGCCGGAGCAGUCCUGACUGGGCCUUGGCAACAAGUCAGAGGCCCUGAGAAGGCGUCCUGGCGAGGCUGGGCAUGCUCCUUCUCCAACGGCCUUCGGCCGCUUGCUGCCAGCUCUGUUUUCCCCAGGGGAGACAUUUGGUUUUCUCCUGGCAGCGCAUGGGCUGCUGGGAAGGAAAGAGGGAGCUUGCCAGUUUCUUGGUGGAGCUUAGAGGCCUGGGGCAUGGGUGCAGUUGUCCUCUGUGAGACUAGGGGCCCAUCCCCCCUCACUAGAACCAGUGAGUGUCAGAAAGGGGCUGGCUGCCAAGUCACCUGCAGGGGGCAGCAGGAGCCAGAGGCCCCAGCCUGUCCCUCCACGCAGGAGACACACAGGGUGCUCAGUGUCAGAGACUGGUGGAUAGGGGGUGGACACCUCAUGGCCUGGGCCUGGGUCUGUGCCAGCUGUUGCCGGCAGCUGGCUGAAGCAGUCCUGCCCACCUCCACCAGGGUUGGAGCCGAGGAGAGGACUCCCUUGCUGGGUUCUGCCCCUACCAGCCAUUUCCCAAGACCUUCGAUCCUGAGGGGUCCAGGUACCUCACAUGCUGGGAUCUGCUCCCCAGACAGCUUCAUCAGCAAUGGCCUCCUUUCCAGGAGGCCGGAGGAGGUGGGCCUGAGUGUUGAUCGAAGCUCUCUGCACGGUUCUGGAGCGACGGCGGCCUUCUGUUCCACAGCCGUCCUUCUGGUCGACCUUGAGCAGGAUUCAAGGCAGAGGCAGGGGGAGUGUGCCCUUCCCAGGGCCGCCCAGGCAGGCCUGGCCCCACUGAAACCCGAAGCCAGCCGGAACUCUAGCCCUGGGCCGACCAGCUGCAUUAGGGCAAGGGUAACAGCAGAGGCCGGAACAAGAGACACAGGCAGCACUGGGCCUAGGCCGGAGAGCUGGGUGCCUUGCCAUGGCAGUCUUGAGACUCCAGAGCCAAGAAGAGCACAGCCGUUGAGCACACCAGAAGCCCCCUCCGUUAUGCUGGUGAAUGGAGACUGCCCAGAGAGCCUGAAGAAGGAGGAGGGGGUGACUGAGCAGCCCAGGGAAAAUGGGCUGGAUGAAGGUGAGCCAGGAGAUGAGACUACUGGACAGGAAGUCAUUGUCAUUCAGGACACAGGCUUUUCUGUGAAGAUCCUGGCCCCAGGCAUUGAGCCCUUCUCCCUCCAGGUGUCUCCCCAGGAGAUGGUACAGGAGAUCCACCAGGUGCUCAUGGACCGCGAAGACACCUGUCACCGCACUUGCUUCUCACUGCAUCUGGACGGCAAUAUGCUAGACCACUUUUCAGAGCUUCGCAGUGUGGAAGGACUACAGGAGGGCUCUGUGCUCCGAGUGGUGGAAGAGCCGUAUACUGUGCGUGAGGCCCGUAUCCACGUGCGUCAUGUCCGAGACCUGCUCAAGAGCUUGGAUCCAUCUGAUGCCUUCAAUGGGGUUGACUGCAACUCCUUGUCUUUCCUGAGUGUCUUCACGGAUGGUGACCUGGGAGACAGUGGGAAGCGGAAGAAGGGCUUGGAGAUGGACCCCAUCGACUGCACACCACCUGAGUACAUCCUGCCAGGGAGCCGGGAGCGGCCAUUGUGUCCUUUGCAGCCCCAGAACCGUGACUGGAAGCCUCUGCAGUGUCUGAAAGUGCUCACCAUGAGUGGCUGGAACCCACCCCCUGGGAAUCGUAAGAUGCAUGGGGACCUCAUGUACCUGUUUGUGAUCACGGCCGAGGACCGGCAAGUCAGCAUCACUGCAUCCACGCGGGGCUUCUACCUGAACCAGUCCACAGCCUACCACUUCAACCCCAAGCCUGCCAGCCCCCGCUUCCUCAGCCAUUCCCUAGUGGAGCUGCUCAACCAGAUCAGCCCAACCUUCAAAAAAAACUUUGCUGUGCUGCAGAAGAAGAGGGUACAGCGCCACCCUUUCGAGAGGAUCGCCACCCCGUUCCAGGUGUAUAGCUGGACAGCCCCCCAGGCAGAACAUGCCAUGGACUGCGUGCGUGCAGAAGAUGCCUACACGUCCAGGCUGGGCUAUGAGGAGCACAUUCCUGGACAGACCCGGGACUGGAAUGAGGAGCUGCAGACGACAAGGGAGCUGCCUCGCAAGAACUUGCCUGAGCGGCUGCUUCGAGAAAGAGCCAUAUUCAAGGUGCACAGUGACUUCACAGCAGCGGCCACUCGGGGCGCCAUGGCGGUCAUUGAUGGCAACGUGAUGGCCAUCAACCCCAGUGAGGAGACCAAGAUGCAGAUGUUCAUCUGGAACAACAUCUUCUUCAGCCUGGGCUUUGAUGUGCGUGACCACUACAAAGACUUUGGGGGGGAUGUGGCGGCCUAUGUGGCCCCCACUAAUGACCUGAAUGGUGUACGCACAUACAACGCAGUGGAUGUGGAGGGACUGUACACGCUGGGCACGGUGGUGGUGGACUAUCGUGGCUACCGGGUCACAGCUCAGUCCAUUAUCCCUGGCAUCCUGGAGCGGGACCAGGAGCAAAGUGUCAUCUAUGGCUCCAUUGACUUUGGCAAGACAGUGGUAUCGCACCCACGUUACCUGGAGUUACUAGAGCGCACAAGCCGGCCCCUGAAGAUCCUGCGGCACCGGGUGCUCAAUGAGCGGGACGAGGAGGUGGAGCUCUGCUCUUCUGUGGAGUGCAAAGGGAUCAUCGGCAAUGACGGACGCCACUACAUCCUGGACCUGCUGCGCACCUUCCCCCCCGACCUCAACUUUCUGCCUGUGCCUGGUGAGGAGCUGCCUGAGGAGUGCAGCCGCGCUGGCUUCCCCCGCGCUCACAGGCACAAGCUGUGCUGCCUGCGGCAGGAGCUGGUGGACGCCUUCGUGGAGCACAGAUACCUCCUCUUCAUGAAGCUGGCUGCCCUGCAGCUGAUGCAGCAAAAGGCCAAGAUGGAAAACCCCACCUCCCUGGAAAAUGGCGGGCCUGCUUCGGAGUCCAAGCCUGAAGACCCUCUGGGACCUGAGGCAGGCAGUGAGGAGGAAGGCAGUGGUGCUAGUGGCCUGGCCAAGGUGAAGGAGCUGGCAGAGACAAUCGCCUCAGAUGACGGCACAGCAGACCCCCGGAGCCGGGAGGUGAUCCGCAAUGCGUGCAAGGCCGUGGGCUCCAUCAGCAGCACAGCCUUUGACAUUCGCUUCAACCCUGACAUCUUCUCACCAGGGGUUCGCUUCCCUGAGUCCUGCCAGGACGAAGUUAGGGACCAGAAGCAACUGCUAAAAGAUGCUGCUGCCUUCUUGCUGUCCUGCCAGAUCCCUGGCUUGGUGAAGGACUGCACAGACCACGCGGUGCUGCCCAUGGACGGAGCCACAUUGGCAGAGGUGAUGCGCCAACGAGGCAUCAACAUGCGUUACCUGGGCAAGGUGCUGGACCUAGUGCUGCGGAGCCCGGCCCGCAACCAGCUGGACCACAUCUAUAAAAUUGGUAUUGGAGAGCUUAUCACACGUUCCGCCAAGCACAUCUUCAAGACCUACUUACAGGGAGUUGAGCUCUCAGGCCUCUCAGCUGCCAUCAGUCACUUCCUGAACUGCUUCUUGAGCUCCUACCCCAACCCCGUGGCCCACCUGCCUGCCGACGAGCUGGUCUCCAAGAAGAGGAACAAGAGGAGGAAAAACCGGCCGCCAGGGGCUGCAGACAACACCGCCUGGGCCGUCAUGACCCCCCAGGAGCUCUGGAAGAACAUCUGCCAGGAGGCCAAGAAUUACUUCGACUUUAACCUCGAGUGUGAUUCCGUGGACCAGGCUGUGGAGACCUAUGGCCUGCAGAAGAUAACGCUGCUGCGGGAGAUCUCUCUGAAGACUGGGAUCCAGAUCCUGCUGAAGGAGUACAGCUUUGACAGCCGCCACAAGCCUGCCUUCACCGAGGAGGAUGUGCUCAACAUCUUCCCUGUGGUCAAGCACGUCAACCCCAAAGCCUCGGAUGCCUUCCACUUCUUCCAGAGUGGGCAGGCCAAAGUCCAGCAGGGCUUCCUGAAGGAGGGCUGCGAACUCAUCAACGAAGCUCUGAACCUGUUCAACAAUGUGUAUGGGGCCAUGCACGUGGAGAUCUGUGCCUGCCUGCGCCUCCUGGCCCGCCUCCACUACAUCAUGGGUGACUAUGCUGAGGCUCUGAGUAACCAACAGAAGGCAGUGCUGAUGAGCGAGCGAGUGAUGGGCAUCGAGCACCCCAAUACCAUCCAGGAAUAUAUGCACCUGGCCCUGUACUGCUUUGCCAGCAGCCAGCUGUCCACCGCCCUGAGCCUGCUGUACCGCGCCCGCUACCUCAUGCUGCUUGUGUUCGGGGAGGACCAUCCUGAGAUGGCACUUCUGGAUAACAACAUAGGGCUGGUGCUGCACGGGGUGAUGGAGUAUGACCUGUCGCUGCGCUUCCUGGAGAACGCGCUGGCCGUCAGCAUCAAGUACCACGGCCCCAAGGCUCUCAAGGUGGCCCUCAGCCACCACCUUGUCGCCCGUGUCUAUGAGAGCAAAGCUGAGUUCCGGUCAGCCCUGCAGCAUGAGAAGGAAGGCUACACCAUCUAUAAGACCCAGCUGGGUGAGGACCACGAAAAGACCAAGGAGAGCUCUGAGUACCUCAAGUGCCUGACCCAGCAAGCCGUGGCCCUGCAGCGCACCAUGAACGAGAUCUAUCGCAAUGGCUCCAGCGCCAACAUCCCGCCCCUCAAGUUCACAGCCCCCAGCAUGGCCAGUGUUCUGGAGCAGCUCAAUGUCAUCAAUGGCAUUCUCUUCAUUCCUCUCAGCCAAAAAGACUUGGAGAAUCUGAAGGCUGAGGUGGCACGGCGACAUCAGCUCCAGGAGGCCAGCAAAAAUAGGGAUAAGACCGAGGAGCCCAUGGCCACUGAGCCUGAGCCAGCGCCAGCGGGGGCCCCAGAAGACAUGGGCACUCAGCCCCAGCCUGCCAAGGACCCUUCUUCCCUGAGCUUGCAAGGAUAGAAAGGGAGACGGACAGUCAGCGGCCCCGGCCGUUACCCAGCCAUCCAGACAGACUCCAGGAAAGGGGGGCACGCCCUGCUGAUCAGAAAGGAAGCCAGCCCCUCUUCUUCCACGUUCCACCCCACCCACCCCAGCAUUCUCCUGGGACCCCAGCCUGGCCUGCCUGUCCCCCUCCCCCAAAGAUGUUUUUGCACUGGUUCAAUGAAUACACGAUACAGAGACCUAGUUGAAGACACGUGAAUGGAGUGUGUGGGCAUCGGUGGGGAGCAGGUGCCCCUUGGGCCCUGCCCUCAGGCAGGUGUGUGCGAGUGUGUCCAUGUCCUGACUGUCCCAGUCUGCCCCUCCUAACCUGUACAUAGCCCUCGUCAGUGCUGAGCGGAUGACGUGCAGAUGCCACUUCUCAGGUCAUUUGUAUGUUUGACAUUAUGGCUGCUGCUUUUGCUGCCACUACCCCUGGGCCCAACCUGGCAUACAGUUCAGGUCUAAGCCAAAAAAGAUGGGGGGCUUUCCUGUGUCUUGAAGGGGGAGCUAGAGCUCUAGUGGUAGGGCUGGAUAGUUGGGGUGCACUUUAGUCUGGUGGCAAGAUGAAAACUCUGAUGGCUUUACUAAUCCUGAUGGGGUCUGGCCUGGCCAGGCCAUGAACUUCAGGGUGAGGGGAAGAGCUUGUAGACCCCUGGACAUCCUUUGGCCCAGCAGGAGGCACUGCCAUGGCUCCCUCCACCUGCCUCCCUGCAUCCCAAGUGGGGAUAACCUUGGGAGCCACCGUCUAAACUGAAUGUAUCCUUCUCCCCAUUUUAACGCAAGCUGCCUAACGCACAUUGGUGGGGGGAGGGUGUCUGGGGACUGUUGCCAGGUACGGAAGUGACUGUCACCUCUCAGCAGAGCCCAGCUCCUGACCUGGCCCUAGCUACACAAGCACCUUCUACAGACUAGCUCUGGGGUGGUGGAGGUCCCAUCGCCCAGCUCCCCUCCCAGCCGCCUGCCUGUGUUGCUUCCCUGUGCCUGCUGUCGGGGAGAUCGCUGUCCUGCAAGCCAAGGAAGCUGCUCUGGCUGGGGCCUCUGCCCAGGGCUGGCCAGCGCUGCUGCUGUGGGGGGGAGGGGUCCGUCCAGGCACCUUGUUUCAAAGGGAGUGGGUGUGAGCUAGCAAGCGAGGCAUCCCCACAGCUGAUCAAGAACUUUUUCUUGUUUUUAAACCAUCACGUCUUCAUUUCACAUUGGAAUAAAGUGAGUUUUUGGAACCUGC